AAGAAUGAAAAAUAGUAAACGUCAUUACUGUGAGUUGGAACUGUAGGAUGGUGAAAAUUUGGUGGCUCACUGCUGGCUGCUGGAAACUUUGUGCUAUUUAGAACGGAUUUUCUCUUUUUGUGCGAUUGAUUUGUGCUUCGUUGGAUAGUUGGGCAGCUGAGCGUGAAAAAUGUCUCCACCGGGCAACGGAAUCUUCGUCGUCCGCGGGGAAAUGUCCACCCUGACAACGGCAAUGCGUCGUGGCUCUCGCUGGAGCUCCAAUUCCUAUCAGGACGACGAAAAGGACGGUCUGCUGAAGAGUUUCCACGAGCUGAAGGAAAAGCUGCUACAAGUGGAGGAUUUGCGUCUGGUCGAACCGGGAGUGUUCCUGGGGCCGUUUCUGGAGGUGAUCCGUUCGGAAGAGACAACCGGCCCGGUAACGAGCCUGGCCCUGUCCGCGGUCAAUAAAUUCCUGUCCUACGGAUUGAUUGAUCCGACCCAUUCGACGUUGGCUUCCACGGUGGAAUGCAUUGCCGAUGCGGUGACUCACGCUCGAUUCGUGGGCACCGAUCAAACCUCCGAUGGGGUCGUACUGAUGAAGAUUGUCCAGGUGUUGCGCACCUUGGUGCUGAGUCCGGAAGGAAGCUUCCUGUCCAACGAAAGCAUCUGCGAUAUCAUUUUGAGCUGUUUCCGGUUAUGCUUUGAGCCGAGGUUAAACGAACUCGUCCGAAAAACGGCGGAAAAUGCCCUAAAGGACAUUGUGCUGCUGCUGUUUAUGCGACUGCCACAGUUUGUCGAGAAUGGGAACUUCCAUCUGAAGUCGCUGAAGAUGCGUUCCAGUUCGAUGGAUCAGUCCAGCAAGAAGCGAAAGAACAGCAGGAAUGAAGUGAAGCCUCUUCAAACGUCGGCCCCCAAAAUAGUCACGGAAGAGAACGGUUUACAGGAGCCGGAACCUACCACACCAGUGGUCAGCAACGCUCCGAAAGGCCUGAAACCGCCUCCAUUGGCCACAACGCCGGCCACUCCAGCAGGAGUCAUCGUCGACAUGCAGGGAUCCAUCUCUCAAACCCCGAAAAGCAGCUUAGAUCCCAAGCAGGACAUCAUACAAGAGGAAACGGACGGCGGUCAAACGCAACCGGAUUCGCUGAUCGAAACUCCCAUCCCGCCGGAAUCCGAAGAACUGCCCGCAGAUUCCUUCGUCAAUUCGGUGGGAGUUCGGUUCACGCAACAGGAAGACGAAAUCGUUGGCCCAACGCCACAUCUUCCUUACGGAUUGCCCUGCAUUCGAGAGCUGUUCCGGUUCCUUAUUUCCCUCUGCAAUCCCUUAGAUAAGCAGAACACAGACGUGAUGAUCCACAUGGGCCUGACGCUCCUUACUGUGACCUUCGAAGUCGGAGCAGACAGCAUCGGGAAAUACGACUCCCUUCUAACCAUCGUCAAAGACGAUCUUUGCAAGAAUCUGUUCUCGCUGCUGACCACGGAACGCAUUUCUAUCUUUGCGGCCGAUCUCCAGCUGUGCUUCCUGAUGUUCGAAUCGCAGCGAUCCCAACUGAAGUUCCAACUAGAGUACUACCUGACCAAACUGACCGACAUCAUCGUGAACGAAAACCCCCGAAUUCUCUACGAAGCGCGUGAACUCGCCCUGGACAACCUCCUGCAGCUAUUCCGCAUUCCCGGCUUUGCCGCCGAGCUCUACAUCAACUACGAUUGCGAUCUGUACUGCACCAAUCUGUUCGAAGACCUCACCAAACUGAUGUCCAAGAACACCCUCUCGGCCACCAAUUCCAUUUACAGUGUGCACACCCUGUCGAUGGAUGCCCUGCUCACGAUCAUCGGAGCGAUCGAGAGGAACUGCAUCCAGGCCAAGAACGGAGAGAAACCGACGUACCAGCGCCACUCGCGGAACAACUCCUGUGUCGAGAAGAUCGUGCUGGAUGGGGCGGGGCAGACGGAACUGGACCAGAGCGGCGGCGGGGUCAACCAACAGCAAGGUCCCGACGUCAGCGACGUGGCCGUCGAGUCGAUCAACAAGUACUUGAAGACUAGUCAUAACGAGGAGCGCCUGCGGCAGAUCGUCAGCCAGGAUGCGGCCGGCGAUGGCACCGCCCUCAGCCACGAGGAACUGGCCGCCAUCAAGAAGAAGAAACGGCUGCUCACCCAGGGAACCGAUCUGUUCAACCAACGGCCGGAGAAGGGCAUUCUGUUCCUGCAGGAAAAUGGCAUCCUCAGUACCACGUUGGACCCGCUGGAGAUUGCGCACUUUUUGCGGGAGAACUCUGGCCUGGACAAGAAGAUGAUUGGUGAAUACAUCAGCAAGAAGAAGAACGUCGAGAGCAAGAUUCUGGAGGUGUUUGUGAAGUCGUUUGAUUUUGCUGGGCUAACCAUCGACCAGGCGCUUCGGUUGUACUUGGAGACGUUCCGGCUGCCUGGAGAGGCUCCGCUGAUAUUCCUUGUUAUGGAGCAUUUUGCGGAUCAUUGGCAUACGUGUAACAAAGAGCCGUUCGCCAAUACGGACGCUGCCUUCCGGCUGGCGUAUGCGAUCAUCAUGCUGAACAUGGAUCAGCACAACCACAAUGCAAAACGCUUGAACGUCCCAAUGACGGUCGAUGAGUUCGUGAAGAAUCUGAGAGGCCUCAACGGCAACUCCGACUUUGAUCAGGAUAUGCUGUCGAACAUCUAUCAUGCGAUCAGGAACGAAGAAAUCGUUAUGCCGGCGGAGCAAACCGGUCUCGUGCGAGAAAACUAUCUCUGGAAGAUGCUGCUGCGUCGGGGAUCAACCAAGGACGGUAUGUUCCACCACGUGUUCGGUCCGAAUCAUGACCGAGAGCUGUUCCGCAUUAUCCAGGGAUCGACACUGGCCGCCCUUAGUUUCAUCUUCGACAAGAGCCCGGACAACACGCAGCUGUACCAGAAGUCCAUGAAUGGGUUCAUCAAAUCCGCGGUGGUCGCGUCCCAUUACAACUUGCACGGGGAUUUUGAUGCGCUGGUUCUGACGCUGUGCAAGUUCACAAGCCUAUUAAACCCGCCGGCCGAUGUCCACGAAAUUACGGCCAACGUAAUGUUCGGACAGAACUCGAAAGCCCAGCUCGCCAUGAAGACGGUGUUCGCGUUGAUUCACGAUCAUGGCGAUUGCAUGCGGGAAGGUUGGAAGCAUAUUGUGGAUGUGGUGUUGCAGUUGUUCAGGUUGAAGCUACUGCCGAAGGGCCUGAUGGAAGCGGAAGAUUUCUGCGAUCCUAGUGGGAAGGUCACGCUCAUGAGAGAGCAGUAUCAGCUUCCAAAAACCGAUGCCGGUUUGCUGAGCAGUUUGUAUUCGUACUUGAGCAACGAUAGCCAACGGCAGCCAUCGUACGAAGAGCAGGAGAUCAUCAAGAUAUCCAAGAGAUGCAUCAAAGAAUGCCAAAUCGAUCAGAUCGUCAACGAAUCGAAGUUUUUGCAGUUUGAGUCAUUGGUUGAACUGGUCAAUUGCCUAUUAGGAAUGAUUAAACCUCCGGAGAGUAACAAAUCCGUCGGUUUACCGUAUGCAGAGAACACCGUCGUAUUCCUCAUGGAGCUGUUAGUCAAGAUCCUCAUACAGAAUCGCGACCGCUUGCUUCCAGUGUGGAAAAACGUUCAAGAUCAAUUGUAUCUACUUCUGUCCGGAUCCGCCUCUUGCGAUUACACCUAUCUACUGCAGCGAACAACCAUCGCCUUACUGAAACUGGCAAUCUAUCUGAUGCGCAACGAAGAGAUCUGUUCCACGAUCCUGCAGAGCCUCCGGAUGUUGCUUCUGCUCAAACCAGCCGUGAUCCUAUCGAUAUCCAAACCGAUCUCGAUCGGAAUGUACGAACUGCUGAAGACCAGCGCCCAGAACAUCCACACCGAGUCCGAUUGGAUCAUAGUCUUCGCGAUUCUGGAAUGCGUCGGAGCAGGCGCAGUGCCACCGGAAUAUGACGAAGCGCCAGUCGUGUCCGGAGCGAAAUCCGACGGAGCUCUCAGCAGCGAAGAAGACUCCGGGCUGCCCGAUCGUGGCUACAUCUCCGACUCGGAGCUGAACGUUAUCAAAAGUGGCCACUCGUCCAAUUCCUGCACGCCGCUGAUCAGCCCCACCGGAGACAACUGGAUUCUGGUGAACAAAGACGCGGACAUUGUGUCUUCGCGAUCGUCCUCCCCCAAGCACACGAUCCAGUAUCGUUGCAAACUGCUGGAGCAUUCUCCCUUUGCGCUCGUCAAAUGCUGGGAAAGCCUGGCGUUCAUUGUGCGGAACGUGUCCCACAUCACGCCGUAUAACUUCGAGAGUUGCGUCCGUUGCAUCCGGACUUUCGUGGAAGCUUCCAUGAACGACGGCAAGGAGAAUCGGCGCCGUCGUCGUCAGCGGCGAAACGGUGAUGAAAGUGGCAAGAACUCCCGCAACCGGAACCGCAAGAACGACAGCAGUGACAGCGAGUCGGAAGAACUGCCCGAGGCGUAUCAGUCGAUAUCGAUCCAGUUGCUGGAUUUGAUGCAUACGUUGCACACGAGGACGGCGAAGAUUUUCCGCUGGUGGGCGGAGGAAGGCGGGGCGGUGCCGCAGUGCUCCGCUUUGUGGUCCCAGGGAUGGUGUCCUCUAUUGCAGGGCAUUGCUCGGUUGGCCACCGAUCAACGGCGACAGGUCCGAACAAGUGCAAUAACUUGCUUGCAACGAGCUCUGCUGGUGCAAGAUCUUCAAACUCUCACCGGAUUGGAAUGGGCCGGGUGUUUCAAACAGGUUCUUUUCCCACUUCUGUCGGAACUGCUCGCUGAAAAGCCCAUCAAACCGGCAGAUGCCGGUUUGUUAGAAGAGUCGCGUAUGCGAACGGCAACCAUUAUGUCAAAGGUGUUCCUACACCAUCUGACGCCGUUGAUAGGUCUGGCCGGAUUCAACGAGCUGUGGCUGGAAAUUUUGGACUACUUCGAGCGGUUCAUGAAAAUCGGAUCGGAUAUGCUGUAUGAGGCGGUGUUGGAGAGCUUGAAGAAUAUGCUGCUGGUGAUGCAUUCGGUUUGCGUUUUUCACAACAGCGAUGGAGUAACUCAUUCAGUUUUAUGGGAUGUCACAUGGCAACGAAUAUCCGGAUUUUUACCGAAUCUGAAGGAUGAACUAUUCAAAAAUGAUGCACUCACACCCAAAGUGAACGCACCUGCUCCACCCAUUUUAUCACAAUCACCAGUUCUAGCAUCGUCACCUGAGCCACUGCUGGGUGUUCCACCACAAUCAAAUAUUAUUCUGCAUCCAUCGCCGGUGCCACAAACCGAAUCACCCAUCCAAGAACAAACUCGACCUCCAAUGGUACCGAACAACCUGCUGAUCAGUAGCGCUAUCAAUCCAACACCGAUGAUUCCACAAAUACCACUCCAGACACCCAUUCUGGUACCCCUGUCAGAUCCCGGUCUUUCCGAAGUUCAUACUAGUCUCCCUCCCCCAACAAUUCUACCCCAGUUGUCAAGUCAAGAGAGUACCCCGCUGAACACUAACCGAUACUCCAACAUAAUUGAACUGCCGGUCACUCCUUCGCCCCCACCUUGCUCGACCGAACAAAAUCAAAUCCUCCCCACUGGUGAACCAGAGACAGCGCAUCCGAUUGUCACGGAACAGCAAGUACCCCCGCCGGUCCCAAUAAGCCACCUGUUGGCCGGAAACCAGUACCCAUCGUUGCACAACGUCCCCGUCGGAAUAGCCCAAAGCUUCGCUCCGAUGUUUGUCCAACCGCCGGUGGCCCCUACGGACGGUUCCGACAUCUACAACGACUACGUCAACGAUCCCUACAACCUAACGCUGCAACCGCAAGGGCAGGAAAUUCAGCAGCAGCCGCAACAACCGCAGAAUGUGUUCCAGUCGGCGAACUAUUUCGGAUCGUACCAGUUCGGCCCCGGCCGGAUACCACCAGACUCACCAACUAUUCCCAGCACCCGAGCGGAACCGACGAGUAGUGAGUAGGAUUAGUGCUAAUAUAAGGCAGGAUAUGUGAAACUAGUGAGCCUACGUGAAACAAAUAGGAUGGCGGACUUUCUGUUCGGUUAAAGUCUGAGGUAUUGUAAGUUGAGUACAGUGAGGAACAAAACCUUAAGACCAUUUCGCCAAAAUUUUCAAUUUUUAACAUAUUGAUGUCGCGUUCAGAAUUUUAUUUGACUAACUAGUUUACGAAUGAAACAUUUGCAGAAUAUAUAAAUGUAAAAAUAAUUAGCAUAAACGCCCUUUUUUUUUAAUUGACGUAAGUAAUUUUCACACGGUUUUGAGAAUUAAUUAUUAACAUUUUAUUUUCGCCGUGUACAUCGUUCAAAUUUUGCAUGUAAUUAACGCUCUUUUUCAAAAAUUAAGGUUUUUCUAUUAUUUCUCCACGAAUAAAUGAUGGCAUGUGUUUAUUUAGUAAUUAGAUUAGUAAACUGGGCUAUCAACGAAUCACGUUUUAGUAACUCAGUUAGCUUCUCAAAUUCAUGCUAUUUUAAAGUCAUCCACUUUGAAAUCCACAUAGUUUUUGGCAGAACACUAUUUGUCCAGUAGUGGUCUGGAGUUUUUGACAUGCAAUUUUUUCUGGUAUUUAAGGUGAACAUGAUUCUAAUUAUUGUUUUUCCUGUUGUCAUUUUCUGCAAAUUUCUUAAUCGUCGUAAAAUAAAAUAAGAAACAAAAAUUGAGAGCAAUAUGUUAAAAAUACAGCGUUUCAGCAAAUAUGGAAAAUUUCAGUGGUGUGGUCUUAAGGAUUUGUCCCUGUAAAAUUCUCACUACCUGACCGGGUUUGUGAACGGAAAACAGAUUUUCACCAGCAAUCGUGUGUCAUUCAACGUCACUUAAAGAGAAAUAGAAACACGUGUAAAAUCUACGCGUCUAGCUAACAACAAAAUAUGAUAGAAACACCUUUCUCAAGCUCUGUCUGAUUUUUUUGUGUUGCUCCAGAAUCCGUCGUUACUAAUAGGAAAUUAUCAAUGUUCAAUGUGAAUGCAUUAUUUUUUAAUCAUACUAGGUAGGACGUGAUUUGCUCCCCCGAAAAAUCGUUGCUAUCGUCACACAGACGUACAAUUUCUACCUAGUUAAAUAAAUACUAACCCAAAUGUACUGUGAAAAGUUUAGAAAGCUAAUAGGCUGUAAUCUUUUAAAGUUGUUAAAAUGAGAAAUCAAACAAUAGGGGAUUUUCUUUCUGUUGAAUACAUUUUUUUUUUAGAAUUUCCAAUUCAGUAAUGUCGUUUAUUACCUAUCUAUACUAUUAUAAUUAUUUUACCGCUCACGUGAGAGGGAAAAAGAGUAUAAAUAUACACAACAUACAGACGUAAAAAAACAAUAGUGAAAGGGUCAAAAUAUAUAUAUUAUAGCUACAAACUUA